UUCGGACGAAAUAUUUACGCCUCCCUCUGACAACAUUCACAACAAGCAACGUCCGUGAACUGGGAUGGACCUGUCAGGUGAGGUGACCGCCGCCCUACGCUUGCUCGGGGAUGCUUCCAAGAUUGAGCUGGCCAAGUAUCAGGAAGUGUUGCAGAAAGUCACGGAGGACAUUGCUAAGGACACUCCAGCCAACAGCUCUGCUCCUCAUCCUGCCGGAAAGGAGGACGGUGAAGUAUCACGAUGUCAUGCAGCAUUGGCAACACUUUUCCUAGAGACUGUGAGGGACAAUCACAAUGUCACAGUUAUCUCCUCAGUGCUGGAAGAUCUGAGUUGGCCUUCAGAAAGGAUUAUUGAUGCCACAAAAGCAGUAGAGUCACAUCGGACAGCCAUACAAUCAAAGCUUGCUUCCCUUGGAACAUUCCCUCCUCAUGUUGUUGACAUUGACUGGAAGCUAAGUUACCAAGUUAGAAGUAGUGAUGGUGAGGAAGGUGGUGGAGCCAUGUACCUGGUGACCCUUCACACUGAGGAGUCAAGAGGAAAGCGUGGCAAGAUUACAUUCUCCUGUUCCCUGGCUCAGCUUACUCACCUCGUCACCAGACUUAGACAAGCCUCUCGUUGUGUGCAGAAAUACGCCAGCAACAGUUGAUUGUGCUUCUUAGUAAGAUUAUACUUACUUUUCCUUGUUGCUCAGAUUCAGUCAAUGUUGGUGCUAGCUUCCUCUGCCUUCUGCUGUAUGUUCAUAUUUUUUAUUCCGUGAUCCAUUAUAUACCAAGAAUGAUAGUUAAAAGAUCCCCAUUUUGUGAUUGUAAUCCUCCUGAGGUGACUGAAUGCACAUGAGGAAGUGUGAGGGAUGGCAGCACCUGUGCUAUACAUAUGUAAGUCUUUGAGGAAGACUGAAGAACCUCAAUUUUUUGUCCUUAUUCAGUGGCUGUGCACUUACAGGGAGAAUGAUUAAGAAGGGAUGUGAUUUUCCUAUCUGAGAACAUUGAUGUACAUUUAUCAGUGAAUUUUUAUACUUGAGGCAUGAAAAAAAAAACUGAUUUUUCAUGUUAGACUUUGAAAAUGUCAUUGCCCUAUGAUUUAUAAGCCAGAGAUACUGUUCUAAUGCAGUCUGGAGAGAAGACCUGAGUUUGUUAUUGACCAGUCUUCACUGUGUGAAAUGUACUAUUCACUGUGAUACUUUUUAUAUUGAUUGUGAAGUUUUUGGUAUCAAAUUUGGAUGCUAAUUUAUAAAGCAUCUUUCCUAGUAUCAGUAAGGUUAAAGUUUGCUUUACCAUUAGUCAGUUUUGUUACUAGUGUAGGGAAUUUUCCUCAAAUUUUGAAUAAAUAUUCAGUAGUGAGGACCAGUUUUUUUUUUUUUUUUUUUUUUUCUUCAAGCUACAUGCCAUGUCUUAUUACUAAACAAAAUUGUAAAAAAAAUAGAUGAGUCAAAUUCUUUUCACACCAUAUACACUUGACCAGCUGCUGACACAGGUGAUUGGUGCUGCUGCUACAUCAUAUACCAAAACCCAUGAUUUACUGAAGAACCAAUGAGAACCAUUCUAAUUUGUGGCCUGGUACCUAAAACAUAUGAUUUCUGUUGUGUUGUGCAGUUUUAUUGAUCAAAACUGCUGCAACAUGAUUGUAGGUAUUGUAAUAUUAAAUGCAAUAUUGCCGUAAGAUAAAAUUUGGGCAUGAUAUUUAGCACAGCAAUCCAUUGUCUUGCAUAAAGAAAGUAAUUGAGCAGAAUUUCUCUGCACCUACACAAACAUGGUUUCCAUCUCCAUAUUAUUAUGAAGGGACAGGACAUUCAUCUCAUAGUCAUUAUGAAGGUAAAAGUAUUAAAACUAUGAAGAAAGUUAAAGCUGAUGAAAAUAGUUAUUUAGAAAGUAUAAAAAUGUGGCCACGUUUCCUUCCAAACAACUGUGUCUUUUUAUUAUAGCUGAAAAAAUAUUAAAACCAUCCUCUCAUAACAGUGCUUAAGUCCAUUAUAAACAAACCAUGAUAUAUCAAAAUGGAUUCCCCAAAAUGGGUCCUUUCUGCCAAUGUGGGAAUAUCAUGAGAAGGAUUCUCCUUGAACAGCAUUUGAUUUGACAUACAAGUACACUCAAGGUUUUCAACUACAGUAGUGAUAUUAGGACUAGUAAACAGGAUUUUCGUUAUCCAAAUGGAAAUUUUUACAGUAAUGAUUUCUGAUAAAAAAAAAAAAAUUUUUAAGCAGAAUAUCAUUUAGUAACAGUGAUGAAAGUGUUGUGAUGGAGUGACAGGCUGGUCAAGGGCAACCCAAUGCCAUUCUGCCCUUGGUGAUUUUCUAAAGCUAAUGGAUAAUAUAUCUGAAUUGAAUGUUAUCUUUUUUUAGUUGGCUUUGCCAUGUCUCAGUUGUGAGUGACAUUCCCUUGUGCCCAAUUUAUCUUGUCUUUGGAUCAGUUUCUCAUUAUUUCUGUAAUACUCUGUGAUUGUGCAUGAUAAUUGCUAUGCUUUAGGUUGAUCCCCAAAGCUUGAUAGGUAAUGCUUCAGAACUGCUCUACCUUUGUUGGCAAUGUCAUGGAUUCAAUGACAUCCUCUUAUGGCCAGUUUAUCUCUGAUGAUCAGUUCUCUCUCUCUCUCUCUCUCUCUCUCUCUCUCUCUCUCUCUCUCUCUCUCUCUCUCUCUCUCUCUCUCUCUCCUUAUUGCUUCAUAAUGACAUGUGACAUCCAGUUCUCAAGGUUGAUAAAAUAAUGAUGGAUGGUGAUAACAAAUCUAGUGACAGUUGGUCAAGUGUAUAUGAACUGUUAUCAAAAACAGAAGCUGACAGUUAAGAAUACUUUUAUCCUUGUUUUUAGCUCCAGGAAUCAUUCUUUCCAAGUGCCAAAAAUUAAAUCCACUACUGUAGUGUUGAAAUUACUGUGCAUUAUUUUGAGUACUAAAGCAUUACAGUGUUAAAUUUGCAGAGGAUGAUGGUUGUCUGCAUAAGUUAAUCAGUGCAUGUGAAUUUUACUGAAUCUUCUUUUUAAUCAAUUUGUAUGCACCUUUUUACUGAACUGGACAGAAUACAGCCAUAUCAGGGACUGGUUUGAGGGCGUUUUGAUUUAGUCAGAGUUUUACAUGAUUCGGGUUGUCAUCUACUUCCAUAGUUAAGAAUAAGUUGUUAAGAAUAGCCUAUUCUUAUGGUAUUGCAAUGUUUCUCUACCUCUAUGUUUUCUUUCUUUGUGAAACUUUAUUCAUACUCUUAUAAUUAAAAGGAAUGGCUAUGUACUACAUCAAUUUUUUUCUUUCAACUAUUGCUUGCCUAAACUACAAAUGAAAGAAACUGAUACAUA